CCUAGAAAUCCCUCGCUCUCCUCACAGAACUAUUCUUUCAGAUUCCCUGGGAAGAGAAAAUGACCAUUAAGCCAGUUUAAGUCUGUGAUGAAUACGGCCUGAAGGUUUACAGGUACUUCAUGGGAAUUAGUGCAGCUGUGCUUACUCUUACAGCAACAUGAGAAUCUGCAGAAGAAAAUUCUGAGGGCAAAGCUCUACAAAAGCAGAAAUGACGUCUCCUCUUCAGCCCAGGGAAUGCAAACUGAAUAGGAAAGAGAAAGAAAGCUAUGGAUUUUGCCUGCGCAUUGAGAAGUAUAAAACAGGGCACCUUAUUCGGAAUGUGGAAAAGGGGAGUCCAGCUGAGAAGGCUGGCCUAAAAGAUGGAGACAGAAUCCUGAGGGUCGAUGGGAUUUUUGUAGACAAGAAAGAUCAUGAAAAGGUGGCUGAUUUAGUUAAGAAAAGUGUGGAUUCUGUAGUAUUUCUUGUUUUGGAUGACAAAGCCUAUGAAAAUGCACAAAAGAAAAAAGUCUGUCUUGAAGAGUUGGGUCAACAGUUAGCAAUCCAGCAGCAGGCAGAACAUCCCUCAAUUGUGACAAAUGGAGAGCCUGUUCCAGUUACACAACCCCGGCUCUGCUAUCUGGUGAAAGAAAGAAAUAGCUAUGGCUUUUCUUUGAAAACCACUGCAGGGCAGAAAGGAUUGUUCAUUAUAGAUUUGUCCCCACAAGGACCAGCUGCAAUAGCCGGAGUGCAGCCAAAUGACCGCCUGAUAGAAAUCAACGGAGAGAAUGUGGAAAAUGACACUCAUGAGGAAGUAGUUGAGAAGGUGAGAAGGUCUGGCAAUCGAGUUGUGUUUCUGCUGUCAAAUAAAGAAACUGAUGAGUAUUACACCAGACAGAACAUGCAGCUGAGGAGAGAAAUGGCUAGUUUGAAACUAUUACCCCACAAACCCCGAAGGCUUCAGCUUGCAAAAGGGAAAAACGGUUAUGGAUUCUACCUGAGAAUGGAACAAAAUGGUAAAGGUCACUUAAUUAAGGACAUCGAUUCUGGCAGCCCUGCAGCUGAAGUAGGUCUCAAGGACAACGACAUUCUGGUGGCUGUAAAUGGAGAGCCAGUUGAAGCACUGGACCACGAGACUGUUGUGGAGAAGAUCAGGAAGUCUGGUGAAAAAACUACACUGCUGGUAGUGGAUGAAGAGAGCGACACCAUGUACAAAAUGGCUAAAAUAUCCCCAUGCCUCUACUAUCACACAACACCAGUGCAAUCCCCACAUCAGGCAGAAGUGCCAACAUGUCAUAUGGAGGAAGAGAAUCACAAGCCCAGACUCUGCAAUCUGAUAAAGGGUCUCAGUGGAUUUGGCUUCCGUUUGAAUGCCGUCAAAGAUUUGUCUGUCCCGUUCAUUAAAGAGGUACAGAAGGAUGGGCCCGCAGAAACAGCAGGGUUGCAAGUUGAUGACAUCUUGAUAGAAGUGAAUGGUGUAAAUAUGGAGAAUGAAGAUUAUGAAAAUGUUGUGGCAAGGAUCCAUGAAAGUGGCAACAAGCUGAAGCUACUUGUAUGUGAAGACGAGGCUUAUCAGUACUUCAAGUCCCAUAAUAUGCCAAUUACUGCCUCUAUGGCAGAUCCACCAAAUGAUGGCAGCAAUGACCCACCUCCUUACACAGAGAUACAAGCUCCAGAGCCAGAUAGACCAUUGCCAAAACCACGCGAGAGGGCUAACUCAUCAUCCUCUUCACUCUCAGUUACUUCCGAAGAUGAUGAUACCAAAUUCUGAUGCCAGAGAUGAAGUACCUUUUACUGGUAGUAUCCAAAAAGGAAUACUAUUCUGAAGCAGAGUUAUAAAUAUUACUGCUCAGAAAAUGUUGGCUGCACUCCUGUGCAUGCUUAUUUGAAACCAAAGCCCAGUGAACAGUGUGGGAGUUACUUCCAAACAAAUAUGCAUAGGAUUGGGCUGCUAUAUGAACAUGGCUUUGUCCGUUUCAGGGGAAGAGGGAAUUCUAUUAGAUUCAUAAAUCAUUUUUGUUAAGCUGCAGGCUUUUCCACCUAGGCCACAAUCAGCUGCACCAAGACUACAUGUAUAAAUGUUAUUGUGCUAACUGCAGCCAAACAUUUCCUAAUAGAAAAUGGUAAGUGAAUAUGGCACCUACUAUACAUAAAAUACACUUACUAUAGCACAAUUAAAUUAUCAAUCAUUCUUAUUAAAAUUUAUUUCACAUAUUCUUUGAAACCAUUAACCAAAGCAAAUGCUGAUGUGUAUUCAUUUUAGAAUGAGCUCAUUUUAGGUUUUGUUGCCCAACAUUUAAACAUUUUGAAAACACUAUAGCGUAUCAGUUAUGCACUGGUGUAUCAACAUUGGUUUACUUUCACAGUAUAACUCUGAUAUCUUUUUUAUUGUAAGAUUUAAAAAUAUUUUUUUCUCUAGUCUUAUCUGCAUCCAAAGUGUAGUGCUUCUGAUAUACAGAAUGUGAAAAAUUCAGUUCCUGCAGCCUACCACUUGACUAGAAUCCUCACCAAAUGUUUGCCUUUUUCUGAGAGAAAAUGUGGAUAAAUAAAACUUCUUUACUGAAAGGUGAACUAAUUUUGGUCUACAAAAUGUAUGCAUAUGAAGAUAACAAGGCCAUGGGGCUUAUUUUAUUUUUCAGUAAUACCUGUCCUGUAUUUAUUUUUCUUUCCUACAUACAGUAGAUCCCUUGACCCCUAGCAUCCCCCCAGCCUAAUAUUCUACAGGUGCAAAAUUUCAACCAUUCAUUCCCACUCUUCUCCCCCCCUGCCCCCCCACAUACAGUAUUGGGGUGGCCUUUCACUCUUCUCUUAAAGUCACAAUACUCUUUAGCAUAUGAUGUAGGGAGGAGAGAAGCAGCCACUGCUCAGCUCCUAACCACAGUCUGAUUGAUGGAGGGUUUCCCUGUUCUCUUCCCUAAACAGGCUGCAAUCCCAAUAGUUUAGUCAAAUCAAUCAGUACUAACUCUGGCCACAGUUUACCCAUCACCAUGCCCACCAGAUAAUGUUACAGGAGAGAGCUCACACAUCAUUCUUUCGGGGGGGGGGAACAGUAGAGGGCAGAACCCCAUGCCUUUCAGCAGCUUACCCCCAGCCCUCCUUGGACAUUUCAGUCUUCAUGCAUAUUAGAGGAGAGUGUUUGAAGCCUACGGUUUUAAUAAAUCU